UCAUCUCUCUCACUCUCAUCCUCGCGUUCGCUCUCAUAGCCACUGUUCUCUUUCUUCGUCUUCUUUCAAAUAUUUGGUAACACCUGCGCAAUUUCCGGUGUGACUGUACUUUAUUAGUCGGAGAAGAAGAUUAGUUUCCUUCAAUUUCAUCGUCGUUUUUGGGGAUUUCGAUCGAAAAUGUUGUGUCUGAAUACUUGAGAGGACAAGGAAAGAGGAGGAAGUCGAAGAGUGUGAUUCUUUCUUGUCUGAAGGAAAAAAAAAUGUCGGGUGUAAGGAUAUCGGAUCCGAGCAAAUUGCAUCUGAAGAAGGAGCUUACUCAAAUCAGGAAAGUUGCUGCUAAGGGUUUACGCGAUCCCGGAACCACUUCCUCGUGGAAAUCUCCUCUUACCUCGUCGAGAUCCGUCGCUGAGCCGCCGGUGACGAGCAAGAACGUCGAGAUUCUCUGUAACAAUCAGUUGGAUUCUCAGUUUCCAAGUAGUCGAGGAUUUGGGAAGGAGAAGGAGAAGAAGGUGUUUUUGUACAAUUGGAAGACUCAGAAAACUUCGAGCGAGAAGAGUGAUGGUGAAGACGGAACGUCUUCGAUCCAAGCUGGUCUCAAUGAUGAUGAUGAUGUCAGUGAUGCGAGGAACGGUGGAGGAGAUUCGUGUCUUGGGGAAACUCGAUCUGCUUCGAUGAUUUUUAGUUGCAGAGACACGAAUCUUGUGUCGCCUGGUUUUUCAAAGUUUAGAAAGAAUGGUUUUAGCAAGAAGAAGAGUAAGGAAUUGGAUUUGAUAUCUCCAUAUCAUCAUCAACCUAAAGAAGCAAUUUUUCGAAGCUCUGCGAAAGCCAGGAAAUUUCCAAGUCAUCAUCUUCACGCUGCAUCGGCUGAGGUAUCUGAUGAAACAGAGGAUUUUAGCAACUCGGAGAAUCCCACUAAAGUUUCAUCUCCUUUGCUUUCGAAACUAAAGCACAAGAACUGGUCACGCUCUUCGUCUAAGUUCUUGAGAGCUACUAGUAAGAGAGAGGAUUCUUCCCUUACUUGUAACAGUACACCUGCAUUGUCAACUAGCUCAUACAAUAUGUAUGGUAUCCGUAAUCCUAGUACCGUCGGGUCGUGGGAGGACGGUGAUGAUGAGCUGGAUGAUGAUAACUUGGAUUUUAAAGGGAGACAAGGUUGUGGGAUUCCUUUUUAUUGGACCAAGAGGAAUCUGAAGCAUAGAGGUGGGUGUAGGAGUUGUUGCUCACCUUCGUUUUCGGAUACUCUUAGAAGGAAAGGGAGUAGCAUUUUAUGCGGGAGUCAAUCGGCGUAUCGUAGACAUAGGCAUUCCAAUGGGAGAUAUAAUAAACAGAAGCUUGCUUUAAGAAGUGUAAAGGGUGUUUUACCUUUGCUCAAAUAUGGUGGUGAUAGUAGAGGAGGGUCAUCUAUAGGAAUUGGGUGUAGUGAUGAUGAUCUUUCUACUGAUUUCGGAGAGCUUGAUUUAGAAGCUCAAAGUAGAUUAGAUGGGAGGAGAUGGUCUACUUGUUGUAAGAGUCAGGAUGGGGAAGGAGAAGAAGAGGAAGAAGAAGGAAGUACACCGGAAAGUAUUCAAAGCUUGAGCCAAAAGUACAAGCCAAUGUUCUUUGAUGAACUGAUUGGGCAGAGUAUAGUUGUUCAGUCGCUAAUGAGCGCUGUGAAAAAGGGUAGGAUUGCUCAUGUUUAUCUUUUCCAAGGUCCUAGAGGAACUGGGAAGACAUCUACCGCGAGAAUUCUUUCGGCUGCCUUGAAUUGUGAUGUGGUGACUGAAGAAAUGAAACCUUGUGGGUAUUGUAAAGAAUGCAGUGAUUACAUGCUAGGGAAAAGUAGGGAUUUGUUGGAACUUGAUGCUGGUAAGAAGAAUGGAGCUGAGAAAGUUAGGUAUCUUUUGAAAAAACUGUUGACAUUAGCUCCACAGAGUUCUCCAAGAUACAAGGUUUUUGUGAUAGAUGAGUGUCAUUUAUUACCAUCUAUGACAUGGCUAUCUUUACUCAAGUUUCUUGAGAACCCUCUGCAGAAAGUUGUCUUCAUAUGUAUAACUACUGAUCUUGACAAUGUUCCUCGGACCAUUCAGUCAAGGUGCCAGAAGUACCUCUUCAACAAAGUCAGAGAUGGUGACAUUGUUGUGAGACUAAGGAAAAUUGCUUUAGAUGAAAAUCUGGAUGUGGAAUCACAGGCUUUGGACCUGAUUGCUUUGAAUGCUGAUGGCUCACUUCGAGAUGCUGAAACUAUGUUGGAGCAGUUGAGUUUGAUGGGAAAACGAAUCACCGUUGAUCUUGUAAAUGAGCUUGUGGGUGUUGUUUCAGAUGAUAAAUUGCUUGAACUCUUGGAAUUAGCGUUGUCUUCUGACACGGCAGAGACUGUUAAGAAAGCUAGAGAGUUACUGGAUUUAGGAGCUGAUCCAGUACUCAUGAUGUCUCAACUAGCCAGUCUUAUCAUGGAUAUAAUUGCUGGAGCAUACAAGGCUUUGGACGAAAAAUACAGCGAAGCCUUUCUUGAUAGAAGGAACUUGACUGAAGCUGAUUUGGAGAGACUAAAGCAUGCUCUGAAACUUCUUUCUGAAGCUGAGAAACAGCUUAGAGUUUCUACUGAUCGUUCAACAUGGUUCAUAGCUACCUUGCUGCAGCUUGGUUCAGUGCCUUCUCCUGGAACCACACAUACUGGUAGCAGUAGAAGGCAAAGCUCUAGAGCAACUGACGAAAGCAUUUCAAGAGAAGUUAUUGCUUACAAACAGAGAUCAGGUCUUCAAUGUAGUAAUUCAGCAUCCCCAACAUCCAUGAGAAAAAGUGGAAACCUCGUUCAUGAAGUGAAAUUGUCCUCCUCAUCUAGGGAAGUCUUAGAGAGUGAGACUUCCAUUGCCUCGCAUGACGAUACAACGACAAGCUCCAUGACCCUUACGUGCAGAAAUUCAGAGAAACUAAAUGAUAUCUGGAUAAAGUGUGUGGACAGAUGUCAUUCGAAGACGUUGAAGCAGCUUCUAUAUGCUCAUGGGAAGCUUUUAUCUAUCAGUGAAGUUGAAGGUAUCUUAGUUGCUUAUAUUGCAUUUGGAGAAAGAGAGAUCAAAGCUAGAGCUGAAAGGUUUGUAAGCAGUAUCACAAACUCGAUUGAAAUGGUACUACGGCGAAACGUAGAGGUCAGGAUAAUCCUCUUGUCUGAAACUGAGUUACUCAACUCCAAACAGACCAGACAAACAGCAGUGACAACUAGUUCAGAUAAUGAAAGUGGGAAUGAGAUUCCAAUGAAAAGAAUUGAAGCAAUCAUCCAAGAACAGAGAUUAGAAACUGAGUGGUUACAGAAGAUCCCUGGUUCACAAGGCCGGUUAAAACCCGAAAGGAAUCAAAUUCUACCUCAAGAAGACACCAAUGGAGUUAAAGUUUUGAAGAUUUGUGAAAUGGGUGAGUUUAAGGAGAAUCAGACUGGUAAAAGAAUGGAGCAUUGUCCUGUUUCUCCGAGCUUACUACACAAUAGCAACUUCACAAACAACAAAGACAAUCUAGGAUAUGAAUCAGAAUCAGGGAGAGGAGUUUGCAGUCUGCUUUUCUGUUGGAACACACAAAAGUCUCCAAGAAGAACCAAAAUCAAAGGGACUUCUGUGCGAUCACGAAGAAGUCGAGAGAGACGUUUCUCCUUGUUCAGUGGAUGUGCUAGGCCAAGGAAGUAAGAAAAGUCACUGUGUGAUAUUAUUUACUGUUUAAUGAAAAAUAUAGGAAAGUUAAAAGUAAUUAUAUGCUAAAAUUGAAUUUGAUAGCAAAAUAAGUAAAUGAUAAGAUAUUUAAUUUUUUUUUAGAGUACUCAAUUUGAUAGAAAAGUUACUGUUUUAUUGUUUUUGGUGGAUGUAUUGGAGCAUUUGUUUCGAAACAAUUAUGAAAAUUAUCUUAUAAGAUUAUUACAAAAAUU